AUGUCUGAUUUAUGUCCAGUUUACGCCCCUUUCUUCGGUGCCAUGGGUUGUACCGCAGCUAUCGUGUUCACCUGUUUCGGUGCUUCAUACGGUACUGCUAAGUCUGGUGUUGGUAUUUGUGCCACCUCUGUCUUGAGACCAGAUCUUUUAGUUAAGAAUGUUGUCCCAGUUGUUAUGGCCGGUAUUAUCGCCAUUUACGGUUUGGUUGUCUCCGUCUUGGUCUCUGAUGGUUUAAAGCAAGAACAAGCCUUAUACUCCGGUUUCAUUCAAUUGGGUGCUGGUUUAUCUGUCGGUUUAGCCGGUUUAGCUGCUGGUUUUGCUAUUGGUAUCGUUGGUGACGCUGGUGUCAGAGGUACCGCUCAACAACCAAGAUUAUUCGUCGGUAUGAUUUUGAUUUUGAUUUUCGCUGAAGUCUUGGGUUUGUACGGUUUAAUUGUUGCUUUAUUAUUAAACUCUAGAGCUGCUGAAUACAAGUGCUAA